GUUUUUAUUGACUUCUUAAAAUAGUAACACUAAUGGAGAGAAUUUUACUGAGAUUCCCAUUUAGCAAUUGAACUUCAACUGACUAAACAAGAUGACAGACCACAUAACACAAAAUGUGUCAAAAGAACUAUAUUGUUAUAUGUGUCAAAAUAUAGUAGGGACAGAAGAGCAUGUUAAACAAAUCAGGUUGUUCAAUGCCGCAAGGGAUAGUUUGUUAAUUGAUGAGUAUCAAACAAGUGGAAGUUUUGGAGAAGGACUUAUGAUGCGAGGCAGUGACUUAGAUAUUAUGUCUGUUCGGAGAAAUAUUGAGGUUUAUGAUGUGAAGCCCCGUUUAAAUCAGCAUACAACAUAUUUGUCAAUAGAUACAGACGAUGUCAAACCUGGAUUUACUCAAUUGAGACUAGAAGUUUGCAGAAGUCAGAAUGUAUUUGCCAACUGUGUACAAUUCGCGGGUAAGUUUUAUCUAUCCAACACAUUAUGGAAACAGCGAUUCGUGGAGCACAUAGGUAAAGACUUAGUUUUUCACGGACCGUGCAUAUCUGACAAACAUGGAACACAUGACUUUGCCGAAUGCCUACAUUGUAAAACGUGGGUAUCGCCUGCAAUACAUUGGAUAACAAGAUCUAAUACCUCAUGGCCCGGUUAUGAUGUCAAACAAAGUAUAAUAAGACAUGGAGUACUUUUUGUACCAAUCGGAGUAAAAGGGUCAUCAAAAGAGGAUCUAGAAUGGAGAAUAUCAUUUUCAAUCGGUGAAAAACUUUUAAUAAAUUCCUUUACACACACUCAAUUAGUAUGCUACGCUCUUAUGAAAAUUCUUUUGAAAGAUGUUAUAGCGACCUACCCCGAAUGUAAAGAAUUACUCUGCUCUUAUUUCCUAAAAACAAUUGUUUUCUGGAUCUCUGAAGAACUGCCAAAAUCUUCAUGGAAACCUGACAAUCUUAUACCUUGUUUUAUGCAAUGUUUUAGCAGACUGAUUUAUUGCGUUGAGUUCUCAGUUUGUUUGCAUUACUUCAUUCCAGAGAACAAUAUGUUUGAGAAUAAAAUUGAGGGUCGUGCUCGUAAAGUACUUUUAAAAAAACUACAUACCUUGCAUAGUUAUGGUUGGAGAUGCAUUUUAUUUUCAGAUCAAGUAAACAAUGUUGCCGCAUCAAUGCAGUUUUUCUACAUGGAACAGAAUCAAUUGCAUGUAUCUAAUAUUACAAAAAUAACGAAUUCCCAUUUAUUUCAAGCAUCAAAUUUUUGUUUCCGUUUAGGAUUCAAUGCCAAAAAGAUUUCGCUUAGUUCUUCGUUGAAAAGGAUAAUACAAAAGGCAGUUUCAGUUGAUAAAUCUUCAAUAAAAUACGUGUAUACAUACUACAUGUCAACAUUAUGUGCAUUCUGUGCUCAGUCGAUUCCAAUUGACAGUGCAUACAGAAAUAAUAAAUACCGAUACCGACAGUACAAAUCAUGUCUUUGUACUCUGCUACAAAAUAUCUAUCAUGACGCUGUAUCUGGAUGGCUGAUGAUAGCUUCGUUCUUUUAUAAAACAAAACAAUACUCAAAAUCUUUACGCAUUAUCAUGUAUUCCUUAUCGAAAUGCACUGUUGAAAAACUGUUUCGCUUUAUGAAGAUGUCAGACAGUCAUUACGGAUUGUUAAAACUGAAAUUAUUCCAGAAGAAGAGUAUUGUCAAUUUAUGGAAAUUAAUUCUUGUAGAUAAUAUAAAGUUUGAUAAGAGCUCUCUAUUGAUACCAGAUGAAUUGCUAAAAGAGGUGGAGGGUAGAGAAUUUGUGGUUCCAUCUACAGCUUAUGCGUAUUUCCUUAAUGUUCUUUGUCAUUAUCAUCUCAAUAAUGUUAGAAAAUGUCGGGAUAUUCUCCAAGAUCUACAAUGUGUUAUAGAUGAAAAAUAUCUCAUGAAAAACUUGAGUAUGAUAGCUGUAUCCUAUAAUCUCCUAGGUGUUGCGUUGCAAAUACUAGGCGACACUGAAUCCGCACGACAAGCAUUCUUGCAAUCUGUUGAAUUAAACAAGUACCCAUCCCGUAUUUUUGCCGUAAAGAGACUUUUGUUAAUGAGUUAAAUGUAAAAUUUGUGCGUGUAUUGUGUCACCGAUAUGAUGAUACAACUGCAUUUUUCCAAUCUUUUGAAACAAACAAACACCACGGAAAUUCUUGAAAUUCUUACAAUGAAGGUCUAUAGGAAUUAGUGUACUAUUAUAAAUAUCUACAAACGAAUGAAUUGUGAAAGUUACAAGAAAUAGCAAUGUAAUGACGUCUUUUUUCUAUGUUUGGAUUAGCUAUUGAUCAUGUUGAUAUCAAAUUGCUGUUAUCUUUUAUUAAAAAAAACAAAUGUUUAUUUGUA